GGCCAAAGCCAGUAUUGCUGAAGCGACUUGAAGAGAGCUUUCUUAAUUUGCCAGUAUGGGACCCUAGGGUGAACCCAUCAGACCGGUACCAUGUGAUGCCCAUCAUCACACCAGCCUAUCCACAGCAGAACUCCACGUACAAUGUGUCUACAUCAACACGAGCAGUGAUGGUAGAGGAGUUCCAACGUGGUCUUGAAGUUACAGAUGAGAUUCUCAAAGGAAAAUCGGACUGGUCGAAGCUCUUUGAACCUCUGAACUUCUUUCAGAAGUACAAACAUUAUAUUGUGCUCACUGCUAGUGCCUUUACAGAGGAGCAUCACUUAAACUGGAUUGGCCUUGUGGAGUCUAAAAUUCGUGUGCUGGUUGGAAACUUGGAAAGGAAUGAGUUUAUAACUAUUGCACAUGUACAACCACAGUCUUUCCCUGGCAAUGAAAAUCUCUAUAAACAGAAUGGGUAUGUGUCAAUGUGGUUUCUUGGACUUGUGUUUAAGAAAGUGGAAAGUGCAGAGAAGACUAAUGUUGAUUUAACCCAUGGGAUACAGUCGUUCACAGACACAGUCUACAGGCAGGCCAGUGCCCUCAACAUCCUAAAGGAAGGCAUGAAGAUUGAGGCAACUUAUGUGAAGAGAAAGCAACUGCAUUAUUUUUUGCCAGCAGAAACCUUACAGAAAAGAAAGAAGCAAAAAGUGUCAGAUAUUAGUCAAGGCAAUAGUGGACUUCAGUGCAAAAGGUCAUCUUUAGGGGAAAGCUGUUCGGGCAGUUCCAAAGACAGAGACUCCAGAGCACCAUCUAAUUCCUCUUUGUUAAAUAAGAUAUCCAAAUUGGACACCUCUACAGCAGAGACAGAAAGAAAUGUUGCAUGUCAGAGUUGUAGUGGUGCCAACAGUGUAGCUGAGCCAUCAACGUCUAAGGGACUCUGCAUUCCUGUGACUGACCCAACUGAACGUCUGGGAUUCAGAUUUCACAGGAAGCGGAUGUCCUCAAGAUGGGAGGAGGAGAGCUGCAAAAAAUGGUGUCCUUGAUGGAAAAUCCAUGCAGAUUCCAGUGAUCACAUCAAGAUCACAGAGGCUUUCCAGUAAAGAACUACCAGAUUCUUCAUCUCCUGUUCCAACAAAUAGCAUUCGUAUUGUUAAAAGAUCCAUCAAACUUACCCUUAAUGGGUAACUGGUGUAUCUCCCAGGUGAAGAGGAAUAAUUCCUUCU